GUAUCGGAAGCUUGUAUCAUAUUAUGCUAGUUGCAGUAUAGAUAUCAGCCAAAUUGCGGCAACGCGAGAAGACUGAACUCCCGAGCUUAUUUUGUUUAGUCUGUUGUGUAAAAAGCAAACUCUAUGUUGUGUAAUUCUUACUGGAAAUAAAGUAGACCGGGGCGCGACCCCAGACUUCGAGGGGCCACGCAAGAAUGACGCGCUCUGUGCGCUCCAUGGCGCACAGCGUGGCCUACACCACGCGAACAGCUGGAGGGACUGCCUUGUCGUCUACGGGGCGACAAAGCACAGCGUCGGCCAGUGGUCCCGGGCCAUCCUCCUCCACCCCGCAGACGGCCGGGGACAUCAGCAGCUACGCGCUUCCCAACAUCAAGCUCAACGGUCCCCAGGCCGAGGAGAUAACGGAGCUCAUCCGACACUACGAUUCGCUCAUAGAUGCGAGAGACAACAACGUUAUGCUGCUCACCAGUCAACUGGAGUCGGAGCAGCGGCGGGCCUCCAUGUUGGAGAGUGAGCUGGGGCUGGCCCUUGCCGCGUCCAGCCGCGCGGAGGCGGCGCACGCGGCAGAGCUGGCCAAGGUGGAGGGCGACGUGGCGCGGGUGUUGGCGGAGCGGCGGGGGCUGCUGGAGAAGCUUCAGGGUAUUGAGGUGGUGGAGGACGCGGUGCGGGAGAUGGUGGUGCAGCUCAAGAGCCGCGUGGGCUACGACGACAGCCCCAGCCCCGAGCAGCUGCAGGCUGACAAGGAGGCCCUGCGGGGAGAGAACAUUCUCACUGUGCUGGGCAGCCUGAGGGCCACGCUCAAGAGCCUGUGGACCUUCAAGGUGGAGGCGGAGGAGGACAUGCGCUGCAGCCGCACCAGUCGUCAGCAGCAGCACUCACAGCAGGUGUUGGGCCUCAAAGCCCACAUCCGCGAGAUGGAGGCGGCGGUGCGGCAGGCGGUGGCGGAGCAGAAGGCGGCGGAGGCACUGGCGGCUGAGGAGACGGCGGCGCGUGAGGCUGUGCUGGCAGAGAGCCGAGAGGUCCUGGCAGCCAUGGAGGCGCAGCAGCGGGAGGUGCUGGCCGCGCUGCGCGCCGCCACGGAGGAGGCGGCGGCGGCGCGGCGUGCGCUGGCGGCGGCGCAGGACGAGGGCCGGCGGCGCGACGGUCUGGUGCUGAAGAACCAGCAGCUGGAGAGCGCGCGGCACUUUGACCGAGUGGCGCAGGACCGGGAGCUGCGGCUGAUGCAGACGGCGCACAACCGGCAGAUGGCGGCGAUGCAGGGCGAGCUCACCCGCAUCAGCGACCUCAUGGUUCAGAACGACGGCCUGCGCGACCGACUGCGCCAGGCGCUGAGCGGGCAGGGGCAGCUAAAGCAGCAGCUCAGGACUGCCUCGGCACACGCGGAGCUGGCGUCGAGGCAGCAGCGCAUGUCGGCCCGCUCGCAAACCGACACGGCCAGCCUGGCACCCUCCGCCUCGGCCAACCCCCACCGCUCGGCAGGCGGCGCAGGGCCAGGCUCCACCACAGGAGGUGGGACGGGGCUGCUGGGGAGAGCCCGGCCGGCCACGGCGGCGGCGCUGCUGGCGGCGCGGCGGGCGACGGCGCAGGAGCAGGCCAAGGCGGCGGCGGAGGAGCAGGAGGAGCAAGACCCCAUCUAUCAGACGCUGACCAAUGUGUCCAAGCUACACAAGGGCUACAAGGGCGCGCUGAAGCAGCUGAAACGGGACCUCGCGGAUGCGGCCCCUGCCUGGCUGCUAAAGGAGCGGGAAGCGGCAGCGGCGGCAGCAGGUGGAGCAGGAGGGGGAGGAGGGUUAAUAACGCGAUGAGCGGUUGUAGGCUUGCAGUUUGAAAGCGGAAAGUGCAUGGCUUGACACAGAAUGAGGGGGUGAUUAACUUGUGAACUUGCAUGGCAUUGAUGCAUGGCGGUUGUGGACAACUAACUGCAUGCGCCCGAUGGCGAUGUGCUUGGAGCGUAGGACUGUGGGUAUCAGAGAGUAUCAGGUCUGGGAGAAGGUCGUGCUUGGCGGGAUGCAAACCGUGCCUUGCAAAUUCCGUAAUACAGGUGCUUUGCCAGUUUGCCGCAUGGCAUGUCCCCGUUGGCCGUUGCCAUUAUAUGGUUUCGGUACAUCGUGCUGUGUCCCAUCUGGCUAAUCCAAUGGCAC